AUGGCAGCCUCAGCUCUAGCGUUGCUUCUCCUCUUCUCCCUCCUCGCAGCCACCUCCUCCGCCCGCCCCUGCAAAACCAUUUUCUAUUUCUCGGCCACAACGACCACCACCACCACCUAUUACCCUUUCCAGUCCCACCUAGCAAACCCUAACCCCCAUUCCGCCCUCCGCCGCCUCAAUCCCCGCUAUGUCACCUUCAUCUUCACCUCCACCGCCCCCAAACCCUUCUCCGGCCACCGCCCCUCACUCAAUUUCAAAUCCGAUCCCUCCUCCGACGCCAAUUCUCACUCAUCUCCAGCGAUGACGUCAUCCGUUUUUUUCCCUCUCAAAUUCUAUUCCUCCGUCUCCAGCUCAAUCCGCGACCGGGCCGCUGAUAUCAUGAGCGUCGUCGGCGCGCUGCUCUUCGGCGUCGGCUGCGGGGCCCUCACCGGGGCCGUGAUGUACUUCUUGUACGCCCUCUUCUCCCCCGGCCGAUUCGAUUUCGACGAUGUUUCCGACGAUGACGACGACGACGACGUCGCCGAUAUCAAGAGGAAAUUAGGGUACUUGUCGAUCCCUGCGGUGACCACCGACGAUCUCAAGAAACCUGCGCUGCCUGCCAAGGAGGUGGUUUGA